AUGGCGUCUGCAUUGGAGCAAUUCGUGAACAAUGUCCAACAGCUCUCAGCUCAAGGGCAAAUGACUCAGCUUUGUGAACUGAUCAACAAGAGUGGGGAACCCCUUGCAAAGAACCUAUCCCACUUGGACACUGUGCUGGGUGCUCUGGAUGAAUAAGAGCACUCCUUGGGCGUCCUCACUGUGUUGUUUAUGAAGUUUUCUAUGCCCAGUGUUCCUGACUUCGAAACAUUAUUCUCACAGUUUCAGCUUUUCAUCAGUACUUGUAAUGGAGAGCACAUUCGAUAUGCAACAGACACUUUUGCUGGGCUUUGCCAUCAGCUAACAAAUGCCCUUGUGGAAAGAAAACAGCCCCUGCGAGGAAUCGGCGUCCUUAAGCAAGCCAUAGACAAGAUGCAGAUGAACACAAACCAGCUGGCCUCCAUACACGCUGACCUCUGCCAGCUUUGCUUGCUAGCAAAAUGCUUUAAGCCUGCCCUUCCGUAUCUUGACAUGGAUAUGAUGGAUAUCUGUAAAGAGAAUGGAGUCUAUGAUGCAAAGCACUUUUUAUGUUACUAUUAUUAUGGAGGGAUGAUCUACACCAGGCUGAAGAACUUUGAGAGAGCUCUCUACUUUUAUGAACAGAGACGCCCAAAGGAUUCUACCCGGAAACGAGGGAUUGGGGAUCCCGCCAGGGAUCCCUCUCCCCCGCGCCUGGAGCCGCCCCCCGUUUCAAAGCCCCUCGGGGCGGCGGCGGCCGUGAACACUCACCGAGUCCGGCGCUGGGCGGGACCGCUGGGGACUAGGACGGCGGCUCCGCCUCGGUUCCGCGGCGGCGUCUCGGCCCGCCACACGCCCUCAGGGCCGCCGCCCGGCCCGCGGCUGCGAGCCCCGCGGCGGCGGCGGCGGCCUCGCCUCCAUGGCGAGGAGAAGCUGCUGAGGGGCGACUGGGCGGGCGGCGGUGAUGGCGGCAGCGGCCCGGGGUCCGAGCUGGCUCUCUCGCGCGCGUCUCUGUCAGCGCCGCACUCGCCGCAGCCUCGCUCCCGAGCCGGCCUGGGCUGUAAGGCGCCUCCUCAUUGGCCGUUCAGAGACGGGCUCUGA